GAGGCGGGGAGCGGGCGGCGGGCGGCGGGCGCCAUGAGCCUGGUGAUCCGCAACGCGCAGCGCUCCGUACCCCUGCGCCGAGCCCCGCUGCGCCGCGCCCUCAGCGCCUUGUUGGCCGCGCUGGGCGCCUCCCGCUUCGACGUGGCGCUGGUGUGUGCCGGCGACGGGCUGAUGCGGAGGCUGAACGGCGCCUACCGGCAGCGCCCCGAGCCCACCGACGUGCUGUCCUUCCCCGCGCACCGCCUGGCGCCCGGCCAGCUGCCGCGGCCGCGCUGCCGCCACGAGUACCACCUGGGGGACGUCUUCCUCGGGGUGGAGUACAUCGCGCGGCACGCUGCCGGGGAGGACUUGGAGGGCGUCCUGACGGUGACCGCAGCCCACGGAUUGUGCCACUUGCUCGGCUACCAGCACAACACCAAGUCGGAGUGGCAACAGAUGUACCAGAAGGAGGAGGAGAUCCUGGAGAAGCUGAACCAGCUCAUGGGCACCAACCUCCGGCCCCUGACCGCAGGCCUCUUCUGAGGGGCUGGGGCCAGGCUGCUGCAGGAGCCACCCCAACGUGGUGCAGCGAUGGCAG